AUGUCCAAGUUCGCCGUACGCGUAGACGCAGCGGUCUCGGCGCUGGGCAGCGGCGGCGGCGGCGGUCUGGACGAAAACGACUUCAUAGACGCGUCCCGUCUGGUCUACGACGCCGUCCGAGAGAUCAGACGCGCGGUGCUCAUGAACCGGGACGAGGAAGACUUAGAUCCCGAAGAUGUGGAACUAGACGAGCAGUACACGCUCGAGACUAGAAGCAAAUGUGAGAGAAAUAUACCCGCCUCUUUCUUACGUAUUCGUAACGCAUUUGUUCGUCUUUGUCUUGUACGAGUGCCGUCCAUACGUUGCUGCUGGACGAGCGACGACCUCGAUACCGAUACGGAGUUCGAGCCCGUGGAAGACAUGACCAUGGAGACGAGGAGCCGAUCGAGCGCGCACACAGGAGAGCACGGCGUGGAUGAAUAUCCUGAUAUCAGCGGUAUCACAAAUGCCAGGGAGGCCAUGCGCAAGAUGACCGAGGAGGACAAGCGCAAGAUCCUGCAGCAGGUGGAGCUGUUCAGGCGAGAGAAGAUGACGUUCGACAACGAGGUGGCCAAGUGGGACGACGCGGGCAACGACAUCAUCAUGCUGGCCAAGCACAUGUGCAUGAUCAUGCUCGAGAUGACGGACUUCACUAGAGGCCGAGGCCCGCUCAAGACCACGAUGGACGUUAUCAACGCGGCCAAGAAGAUCUCGGAGGCCGGCACCAAACUGGACAAGUUGACCAGAGAGAUCGCUGAACAGUGCCCGGAGUCGUCGACGAAGCAGGAUCUACUCGCGUAUCUGCAGCGAAUUGCGCUGUACUGCCACCAGAUCCAAAUAACGAGCAAGGUGAAGGCGGACGUCCAGAACAUCUCCGGAGAGCUGAUAGUCAGCGGGCUCGACAGCGCCACGUCUCUCAUUCAAGCGGCGAAGAACCUGAUGAAUGCGGUCGUCUUAACCGUGAAAGCCUCCUACGUAGCCUCCACGAAGUACACGCGGCAGGGGACGAUCGCUUCCCCCAUCGUGGUGUGGCGCAUGAAGGCGCCGGAGAAGAAGCCCCUGAUCCGGCCGGAGAAGCCCGAGGAGAGUUCCAGAGCCCCGCAGACAGUGUCUGAACAACGGAAACGAAACGCAGCGAAAUUAUUUAUUGAAUUAGAUUUAAAUCUACAUAAUCUUAUUAACUGUGCAAUUGUACUCCGUAUAUUCAUAAUAUGA